UGCUCCGCGUCUCGUUCCCGCCGGCAGCAUGAGCGUGGUGGAGCACGUACGGGAGAUGGCGUCCGCCGGGCUCCACUCCAACGUGCGGCUCCUCAGUGGGCUGCUCCUCACCAUGAGCGGCAACAACCCGGAAUUGUUUUCACCAUCUCAGAAAUAUCAGCUCCUUGUAUAUCAUGCUGACUCUCUCUUCCAUGACAAAGAAUAUAGAAAUGCAGUAAGUAAGUAUACAAUGGCUUUGCAGCAGAAAAAGGCAUUAAGUAAAACUUCAAAAGUAAGACCUUCUACUGGGAACGCUGCGUCAACUCCCCAAAGCCAGUGUUUACCAUCUGAAAUUGAAGUAAAAUAUAAAAUGGCCGAGUGUUACACAAUGCUGAAACAAGACAAAGAUGCCAUUGCUAUUCUUGAUGGAAUUCCUUCUAGGCAGAGGACCCCAAAGAUCAAUAUGAUGUUGGCAAAUCUGUACAAAAAAGCAGGCCAAGAACGCUCAUCUGUUACAAGCUAUAAAGAAGUGCUGAGACAAUGCCCUUUAGCACUUGAUGCCAUAUUAGGCUUGCUCUCGCUCUCUGUGAAAGGUGCAGAAGUGGCCUCUAUGACAAUGAAUGUAAUUCAGAGUAUUCCUAACUUGGAUUGGCUUUCAGUGUGGAUCAAGGCAUAUGCUUUUGUACAUACUGGAGAUAACACUAGAGCAAUCAAUACCAUUUGCUCUUUAGAGAAAAAGUCACUACUGAGGGAUAAUGUAGACUUACUGGGGAGCUUAGCAGACCUGUACUUCAGAGCUGGAGAUAAUAAAAACUCAAUUCUAAAAUUUGAACAAGCACAAAUGCUGGAUCCUUAUCUAAUAAAAGGAAUGGAUGUAUAUGGUUAUUUAUUGGCACGUGAAGGUCGACUAGAGGAUGUAGAGAACUUGGGCUGCCGUCUCUUCAACAUUUCUGACCAGCACGCAGAACCCUGGGUGGUAUCUGGGUGUCAUAGUUUCUACAGUAAACGAUACUCCCGUGCCUUGUAUUUGGGAGCCAAAGCUAUUCAACUUAACAGUAAUAGUGUUCAAGCUUUGCUACUGAAAGGAGCUGCUCUUAGGAAUAUGGGUCGAGUACAGGAAGCAAUUAUACACUUUCGUGAAGCAAUACGUCUUGCACCUUGCAGACUGGAUUGCUAUGAAGGUCUCAUCGAAUGUUACCUAGCAUCUAACAGUAUCCGUGAAGCUAUGGUUAUGGCAAAUAACGUAUAUAAAACUCUGGGAGCAAAUGCACAGACACUCACUCUGUUAGCCACAGUCUGUCUUGAAGAUCCAGUCACUCAGGAAAAAGCAAAAACAUUAUUGGACAAAGCACUGACACAAAGACCUGAUUAUAUUAAAGCUGUGGUAAAGAAAGCAGAGCUUCUUAGUAGAGAACAAAAGUAUGAAGAUGGAAUUGCUUUGCUGAGGAAUGCACUGGCUAAUCAGAGUGACUGUGUUCUACAUCGAAUCCUGGGAGACUUCCUUGUAGCUGUCAAUGAGUAUCAAGAAGCAAUGGACCAGUACAGCAUUGCCCUAAGUUUGGAUCCAAAUGAUCAGAAGUCACUAGAAGGAAUGCAGAAAAUGGAAAAAGAGGAAAGUCCAACAGAUGCAACCCAAGAAGAAGAUGUGGAUGAUAUGGAGGGAAGUGGAGAAGAGGGGGACUUGGAAGGCAGUGAUAGUGAGGCAGCUCAGUGGGCAGAUCAAGAACAGUGGUUUGGCAUGCAGUAAAGGAUUCUCUUACUGAUGCUUGUUUUGGCGCUUGAAAAUACCGUUAGGGCCAUUCUUCUUUGAAGAACAUCAAGUACAAUUUUAUAGUAACAAAAGACUUUUUUUUUUUUCCAAUGGACACUGAAGCCAUUUAAUAGUUCUGUGCAUCUCAAUGCCUUGAAGAUUCUUGAUGCUUCUUAUUUAUUAAGUGUAAGGGACUAUGUUAUAGGUUAUUUGCAACAUCUGUUUAAAAGAUUUGUGCUAAAACUAAAAGCAAUAGAAUCCAAAAUGUUUCAGAAGCCUAUUGUAUUGAUGAAAACAAUGUCUAAAUUGUGUUUGGGGCUAAGUGCGAUUGAUCCAUAUGUAAAUACAGUGGUUUGUAUUCCUUUAUGAAAAAGGUCUUACUCUGUUGUCUUUAUGUUACCAUUUGGGCUCACAGUCAAACUCCUGUUGAAGUCUGGAGGAGUUGCUUGGGUGUGGCUGAAAGCAGCACUUUCUUCCUGCUGUGUUCAUUGAAUUAAUUUGUCUUUUUAUAUGGCAUUACAUGUGCUGUAAAGGAAAAGCUUGGUACUCUGACUUACAGAACACUUUUGUAGCUGACCGAUUUCUGUGUUUACGGAGUUGUACUGGUGCUGGAGAAUUACGGUAAUUUCCCCAAUCCUUACUAAACCCUGUAAUCACUUAUAAGUCUCAACAUGAACAUCUAUUUCUAAAUGCAGAUUAGUUUUAUUUCAGUAUGUUACUAAAAGGUUGUACAACAGUGACUCAACGCACUGCACAUCCUGUAUACAGCACUGACAGAAGGAUAUAAGAACAACUUGUCCAUUUUCACUUGCACUGCUGUAGAAAUGUUAAUUUUUUUAAUACAUAUGGUAUUGGUUUUGCCAUGUUUAUCUGACAGAAAUGUGAAGUGUAUAACAUUAAAUUCAUGUGUUUUCCCUCGCCCCUUGAAGCAAAGCUGCAUUGCUUCAGGUACAAGUUCUCAACAUCAUCUCUUCAAGGGACUUCAAACUUGAAACUUGUCUGUGGAAUACUGAAACCUUUUCAGUUAUGUUGGCCUCAUUUAUAGCAGGAGGAAUUACUUCUUGCUCUUACUUUUUUUUCUUGCGUUUCUGGUCUCUGUACUUUUUACCAAAACAAUUGUUUACCUUUAUAGUGGCAGUUUAAUUCCUGUUGUAUUUAUUCUGUUAUCACAGGUACACUGGAGCAGACAGACUGUAUUUUAAGGCUAAAUAGUUUUAAUAUCAGCUGAGGAGAAAUUCAUAUUUUGUACAAAUACAUGAAACAUGGGAAACAAACUUCCUCCUAACUUGUAGAUGUGUAACACAGAUAAGGGUAAAGUAUAUCUGCUGCUGUGGUACACCUUACGUGAAUUAGAAAAAUGCACAAUAAAAAGCAGGCAUGUAAGUUCUCUUACAGUCUAUUUUGGAAAUAUUCCUGGAUGACAUAUCUUAAAAAAGAUGACUAAAUAGUUCAUUCACUAACACUCUUCUUCCCCCCCCCCCCAACACACACACAAAGAAGCAGCUACUUGUCUGUUCCCUUUGGGAUUUUAGACUUUCUAUGAUAUCAAUUUGAAUUAUGCUUAUUUGAAGACUGUAUGGAAGAGAAAAGCAUGUGCUACAGUCUUGGUGAUUGAAUUAGCAUAAGCUGUGACUGGUAUUUCAUAAAAAACACAAAAUGGCUGUAUUUCAAUUACAGUAUACAUUUUGGUAAUUGCAUUUUGGUAUAUGAAAGACCCGAUUCCUGUUAUGAACAACUCAGCUGUUUACACCAUUGUGAAUAGAUUUUAUGGUGGAUAGAUUUCAGCUCAAUGUAUGUCUGUCUUUAUAGAAAGAAAUGUCAUGCAUGUGCAAGUAAAUUUAAAAUACCUUUUUCUGCA